CUGCUCGCUAGAAACACGCCGGUCAAAUUAAAAGGCUGCUCAUCAUCCAGCUGGUGGCUUCCAGUCAGGAAACACAUCCAUUCUUUCCUUUUUCUUCUGCUAGAAACACAUUUAUGAUGGAGAAUUAACAACAAAUGUAUUUUCUAGAAUGACGGCAGUCAGACAGGAGGGGCGAUGAGGGUCUUUGGGCCGGCGGAGCUGGUCGCCGGCUUCUGUGAUUCAGACGAGCAGAAUCCUUUCCCCGUGUGGCAGAAUGGACACAUCAGCCCGUGUUUUAACCAACUCGUCCUCGGAGCCUUGCCUCAUGCGGGGAUGGCCAUUUUCAGUGCCUGCUACCUCGGGAUCGCAAGGCGGGACCUCCUCCAGACGUCUCCCCCCUGCGGGUGGACGCUCAGAUGGGUGUCGGCUCUGCUGGCGGUGCUGCUCUUCGCUGCCGAUGUCGUCCUGGUGAGCCUCCUCCAGCAGGCGGACCUCUACCUGGACGUCCUGGCCGACAGCUGCGCCAUCCUGGGCUGGCUGGUCCACUUGGCUGCCGUCACUGUGCUCCAGAGGACGGCUUUCAUAAGAACCAGAGGACCUCCUCUGCUGCUUCUCCUGGUUCUCCUGUCUGUCCCGAACCUGGUCGUCACUCUGAUGAUUUACUGUGACGAUCUGGAAUAUCUGAACCUCGCAGAACCUCUUCAGUUUGCACGUUUUGUGCUCGCCUCAGCCCGGACGCUCCCCGUUCUGGUUUAUCUUCUGGCAUUUACGUUUCCCUGCAUCAGUGAUGCUGGAUACUCGUUGUACAUCAACGCUGAGGAUGGAUCCCCUCUCCUCCCAGAGAGCAUCCAGCCGGACACAGGAGAGAUGGUGGCCGAGGACGGGAGCGGUUGUUUCUCUCGGCUCUUCUACCGGUGGUUGACUCCUCUCCUCAGGCGAGGGCAGCGAGGGGAGCUGGACAGACCAGCCGACGUCUAUCACCUCCCAAGGAAACUUCGGACUACGGUUGUGUGCAGAUACUUCCACCAGUGCUGGGAGUCCUGCCGACGAGGAGGAGUGGCGGUCGGUAACGGGGGGGAUCAGUGGCCCCGGCCCGUCGGCAGGAACCUCAUGAGUGGCACCUGGAGCUCACACUACCAGGAGGAGCCACUGGAGCUGGAGGGUGAUGUCGGCCUGCUGAGGGUGCUGCACAAGGCGUUUGGGUGUCGUUACUACGCCCUCGGGGUGCUGAAGGUGAUGGUGAACAUGCUGAGCUUCACGGGUCCGCUGCUCCUCAGCAGUCUGGUGAACUUCAUGGAGGACGAGGCAGCGCCGGUGAGCCAGGGUGUCUGGUGCGCCCUGGGGCUCUUCGCCACCACCCUUCUCACUUCCUUCCUCCGAAACAUCUUCGUCUUCGAGGUGUCCAAGGUGGCUCUGUCGGCGCGCGCCGCCCUCGUGUCGGCCGUCUACAGCAAAGCCCUGCGGGUCAGCGGCUGCAGCCUGGCCGGCACCACCCUGGGGGAGGUGGUGAACCUGAUGAGCACGGACUCGGACCGCGUGGUCAACUUCUUCAACAGUUUCCACGAGCUGUGGAGCUUACCCCUGAGGCUCGCCAUCACCCUCUACCUGCUGUACCUGCAGGUGGGCGUGGCUUUUGUCGGUGGGCUGGGCGUGGCUCUGCUGCUGGUGCCCUUCAACAAGUUCCUCGCUUCCCGUAUCCUUAGCAACAACCAACACAUGCUCAGGCACAAGGACAGCCGCGUCAAGCUAAUGACGGAGAUCCUCUUCGGCAUUCGGGUCAUCAAGUUCUACAACUGGGAGCCUCACUUCACUCAGAAGGUCAACGACUGCCGUAAACAGGAGCUGUCCCACCUGAAGGCCCUCAAGUACCUGGACGCCAUGUGUGUUUACACCUGGGCCGCUCUGCCGGUGGUCAUCUCCAUCCUCACCUUCGUCACCUACGUGCUGCUGGGACACCAGCUGACUGCGGCCAAGGUGUUCACCACGCUGGCUCUGGUGGGAAUGUUGAUCACCCCCCUCAACGCGUUCCCCUGGGUGCUCAACGGCAUCCUGGAGGCCAAAGUGUCUCUGGAUCGAAUCCAACGCUUCUUCAAACUGACCAACCAGGAUCUGCAGGCGUACUACGCCCUCGUGACUCCUGAAGACAGUCAGACAUCGAUCCUGUUGAGCCAGGGGACAUUUUCCUGGCAGGGGCCCGACGGUCUCAACCAGAACAAAGAGGGAGAAACUGACCCUGGAGCUGCUAAAGGGAGUCUGCUGCUGCACGGUCUCACUCUGCACAUCACCAAGGGCUCUCUGGUCGUCGUGGUGGGGAAGGUCGGCUGUGGGAAGAGUUCCUUACUGGCUGCUCUCACUGGAGAACUCAACAGGCUGAGUGGAGUGUUGUACAUCGCUGACCGAGAGGCCGGCUUCGGUCUGGCGUCUCAGGAGCCGUGGAUCCAGCAUGCAUCUGUGCGGGACAACAUCCUGUUCGGCAAAGACUACGACCCGACCUUCUACCAGGAAGUGAUCGAGGCCUGCGCCCUCUCAGACGACCUCAACGUUUUGCCGAAGGGUGACAGGACAGAAGUGGGAGAGAACGGAGUGACUCUGAGCGGAGGACAGAAAGCCCGAGUGGCCCUCGCCAGAGCCGUUUACAUGGACAAAGACAUCUACCUCCUCGACGACCCGCUGGCAGCAGUUGACGCCGACGUGGCCGAACACCUCAUGAAGAAGUGCGUCAUGGAGCUCCUCGGGGGGAAGACCAGAAUCCUUUGCACCCACCGCGUGGAGUUUGUGCACAAAGCAGACGUGGUCGUCCUGAUGGACAAUGGGACCAUCAUCAAAACAGGCACGCCAGCAGAAAUCCUUCCUCUGGUCGAGGCGGUGCCGAAAAAACGGAAGAAUGACCAAAACAUGAAAGAGAAAGACGGUGUGGAGCAGGAGGAGGAGGAGCCGGGUUCAUCCUCUGAUCUGUGUGUGGAUAAAGACCCCGACCUGUCGGGGGCGGAGCAGAAGCAGGUGGGCGGGCUGGCGUGGAGGGUUUACCGGACCUACUGGGUCGCUGUGGGCGGAGCGCUGACCUCCGCCAUCCUGAUGUCUCUGCUGCUCAUGCAAGCCUCUAAGAACGUUUCUGACUGGUGGCUGUCUCACUGGAUCUCAGAGCUGAAAAACAACGGUUCCACUGGAACAAAUGGUUCCUCUCCAGGUGCCUUCAGCUCACCACACCUGCUACUCUUCUCACCAGGAGGGUUAAUGUCUCCUCUCUCCUCCCUGCAAACACUCUCCCCCAUCAACAUGAGCUCCGAUGUGAAGUUCUACCUGACGGUGUACGUCUCCAUCGCGGCGGCCAACACCGUCUUCACCGCCCUCAGAGCCUUCCUCUUUGCCUACGGAGCCAUCUGCGCCGCCACGGCCAUCCACAACAGACUCCUGGACCGGGUCCUUAAGGCCACAGUGUCCUUCUUCGACACGACCCCGAUGGGCCGCAUCCUCAACCGUUUUUCCUCGGACCUGUACACCGUGGACGACAGCCUGCCGUUCAUCCUCAACAUCCUGCUGGCCAACCUGUUCAGCCUGCUGGGCAUGCUGGUGGUGAUCAGCUACGGCCUCCCCUGGGUCCUGGUGCUGCUGCUGCCCCUGGCCCUGGUCUACCACCACACGCAGCGCUUCUACCGACACACCUCCCGGGAGCUGAAGCGCCUCUGCAGCAUCACGCUGUCGCCCGUCUACUCGCACUUCUCCGAGACGCUGACCGGUCUGGGAACCAUCCGGGCCAGCGGCAGCUCUGCCAGGUUUGAGGAGGAGAUCGCCCGGCGUCUGGAGCAGAACCAACGCUGCCUGUUCCUUAGCAACGCCGCCAUGCAGUGGCUGGACAUCCGCCUGCAGCUGAUUGGCGUCGCCGUGGUGACCGGCCUCGGGGUGCUCGCCGUCGUCCAGCACCAGUACAAUUCUGUGGAUCCGGGUCUGGUGGGUCUGGCCCUGUCCUACGCGCUGUCCAUCACAAUCCAGCUCUGCGGCCUCAUAUUCAGCUUCACCCAGACUGAGAUGCAGCUGGUGAGCGUGGAGAGGACGGAGGAGUACUCCACCGGGCUUCCUACGGAGCCGCAGAACCAGAACACACAGCUCCCGGCGGCGUGGCCCGAUCAGGGCUGCCUGGAGCUCCGCGGUGUGGUUCUGUGCUACCGGGACGGCCUCCCUAACGCCCUGGACGGAGUCAGCCUGGUGGUGCGACCCGGGGAGAAGGUGGGCAUCGUGGGACGCACGGGCUCCGGGAAGUCCACCCUGUUCCUGGCCCUGUUCCGUAUGGUGGAGCUGAACCAGGGUCAGAUUCUCCUGGACGGGCUGGACAUCAGCACCGUGGGCCUGGCUCAGCUCAGGUCCAGGUUGGCCAUUAUUCCUCAGGACCCGUUCCUGUUCAGCGGGACCAUCAGGGAGAACCUGGACCCGCGUGGGCGACACUCAGACCAGCAGCUGCUGGACGUCGUGGACCAGUGCCACCUCAGCUCUGUGGUCAACAGGAAGGGAGGUCUGGAUGCUGAGGUUGGGGAGAGAGGAAAGUCCUUCUCCGUGGGACAGAGACAGCUGCUGUGUUUGGCCAGAGCUCUGCUGACCGAGGCCAAGGUCCUUUGUAUCGAUGAAGCUACAGCCAGUGUGGAUCAGAAGACGGACAAACUGCUGCAGCAGACCAUCAGAGAGAAGUUUCAGAACCAGACCGUCCUCACUAUUGCACACAGGAUCAACACCGUCAUGGACUGCGACCGUGUGAUGGUGAUGCAUGCUGGGAAGGUGGUGGAGUUUGACACCCCGACCGCUCUCUGCCAAACGGACCACUCCAUCUUCCAAAGGCUGGUCGGUGGUGGGGGAGAGUGAGACGACUAAAAAGACUCUGGAAGGAGUGAAAAAAACCCAUUUAUUUUUAUAGUUUGAUCCUGGAAAGGUUCGCUUAGAGCUUGCUGAUUUUUUUUUCAGCACUUAAAAAAAACCCCUCUUCUACUGUUGGGGCAGAUAAAAGGGGAAUGCCUUGCUCAAGGGUUCUGUUUGACCUGGGAGGUGACGAUAUGGGUUUGGGGAUAUUUUUCUACUUUUUUGCUGACAUUUAGUUUCUUUUAAUUGAUGUUUUUAAUGCUCAAACAGCAUUAAACUACAAGAAAGACUGUGGAUAUUUGAAGUCAACACUACCGUCCAUCUCGCUCCAGCUGCCUUUCUCUUCAUACAUCCUUUACAUGUCCUUUUCUCUCUCCUUUUCUCUCUCCUUUGCACGAACCCUGCCUCUUGCUGAUUGGCUGGAAUACUGCUUUUGUGGCUCUUCAAAGACUUUGUUUGUUCUCCAUUCACAGACUCAAGGGCUGUGUAUGAACACUGUAUUUUUCAGUGCAAGUGACUGUAUUGGAUUAGAAUCGCUGACUUCACCCUCUAAAUGAAGUUCUCCUGGUUUUAGAGGAAAAACUUUACUUUCCUUUCAUUACUUCUUCCCCCUCUGCUUGAUCUCAUUUUUUGGGGGAAACUAUGAAGUAAACUAACUAUGAAGUAAUAACAACAUGUACUAUCAAUUAAGCUUUUGUCCUGCUUAGAUUUGUUUUAAUUUAUUACUACAAGCAGUUAAAGGACAGCAGGCCUUAAAUAUCUCUAUACUCAACUAAUCCAUCGUCAUCUGGCCAUUAUUUAUUGUUUUUGAUGAUUCGGUGGUUUGUGUUGAGCUGUUUCAGGGUUUUAUUUUCUUAAAUUGUAUCUUCUCUUCACUUAGUAUGCACAAAGAAAUACAUCUCUGACUCAAAGCUCUUGGCAGCAGUGGAUUUAGUAGAAUAAUGAUGAUUAUAAAAGCAGUAAUGGUUUCCAUUUUUCCACCGUUAUUCUUCUUACUGCUCUUAUUAUAUGAAUAAUUUAUGUCACAUGGAUUGCAUGUGUUGUUACUCUGUUAUGUUGUUCAUUUUGUAAACAUGACAUAUAUUGCAUUACUGUUCAUCCUUCUCUGUUUCUCUCCCUAAGGUUCCUUCUUUUUUUUAA